CACGUCGUUCUAGUCGUUACCGAAGUAUGUCUGCGAAUUCAAUUCAAGCUGCUCUCUCUGCCAUCUCCGGCGCUCGACGGUCCGUUUUUCUUCACCUCUAUCAGCCUAUCGUCUACUCUUCUCCACCAMUUCUCUUCGUUUAAUAUCGAAGUAAAUUUCCAAUUUAUCGAAAUCGCAGUUCAUUCUGCGUUGGAGUUAAAAAGCCCUAACUUUAUCUGUGAUUCUUCUCGUCAGUUAGGGUUAGGGUUUUCUUUUUUGGUCCGGUGGGGCUCCAUUUCUGUUUUUGACUAUGGACGAGGACGUUUGCCGUUGGGUUAUCGAAUUUAUCCUUCGGAGUUCAAUGGACGACGAAUUGCUGAAGAGAGUUCUUGCGGUUAUUCCCAUCCCGGACAAGGAUUUUCGCCUGAAGAAAACGGUGCUUUUACGGGCCAUUGAGAGCCAAACUUUGCAAGCUGAGAUCACGGAGAAGUUUCUCGAAAUUUUCGAGAUGAUCGAGCAAUUGGAUAAAACUGAGGGCCUUGCAAUGAUGGAAUCGAUGAAAGCUGCAUAUUGCGCGGUGGCAGUGGAGUGCACGGUGAAGUACCUGGUGGGGGGAGGCGUCCAAAGAUACUCCGACGCAGUGAGGAGGAUCUGGAGAGGGAAAGUGACGGAAUUGGAGAGGUCGGGAAAGAGUGAGUUGGUUUCACGUGAAUUGAAAGCAUGGAAGGACGAGGUAGAAGAUGCUCUCUGUGACAAGAAUGUUCGGAAGAGGCUGGCGAAUAUGAAUACUAGGAAUGAAGCUUUGAAAUUGGUCACAGCGUAUUUGGGUGAGGCUUGGGCGGUUCUCGGCCCGCCAUUUCUUCAAUUGUCUGCUUCAUUGAUGGAUAAAAGUAUGACAAAUGAAAUGCAGUUCCUUCAGUUGGAUCAGGAAUUAGGGGCAGCCGAUGAAACUGCCAUUGUGAGAAAGGAUGUAGGUGGCAGUAGUGAGAUUGAGUUGCCCCCCCAAACGGUAAACUCUGAGAGACUGGAGCGACAGGAAACCGUGCAAGUCCUUAGUGAAGCUGCAACGGAGAGAACUAAUUUGCUGAAUAUCAAUCAGGAUUUGGGUAUCAACGAUGGUUCUGAACAAUCCUUUGUUGCAGUGGACACUGAAGAAGUCCAAGAGUUGGCUACAGAAGCAGCGGAAAUUCAGGAAUCAGCAGUGAGGGACGGAGCAGUUCCGCACCACGCGAAUCUAAGCCGAGGCGAAAAUGCGAAGACUUCUGUCUUGCCUAGAUGCAAAUCCCUUGCAUCCCAUAGACGUGUUAGAGGAGGGGCUAAAAUUAGUAACCUCGACGACUUGGAGAAUGACACUUCACUGGGAAAAUAUAGUUGCCUAGAUACCCCUGAAGUUAACCGGGUGCGAGAAGCGCUUAAAAGCAGCUGUUUAGAGUUGCAAGCAGUGGUGAAGGAUCCACUUCCUGAUGCAUUACGCAAAGCAGAAGCUGUAGCAUGUGAUCUUGCUGGAAAGAAUAGAAAUCACGAGCAUUCUUUGGAGGAGCGAAACGAUGCUGCUGCCACCAAUCCAGCCACUAACAAAGAUGAUGAGCCUCUUCAAUCUGGGAAUGCAGAUGUUGAAAAUCCACGUCACAACCGUCAGAUAAUUGUUACUCGUCCUACUAGCAUAAUGGAACGCAACAGUACUGCUCGUACGUAUGAGUGGGAUGAUUCGAUUGACGGUGCACCUGAGGGCAAGCGCAGUAGCCGACUUCAUCUUCCUAGUCCCAAGAGAAAGGCCAUUUCUCCCUUGAAGAAGUACGAAGAAAUCAAAUUUAUCCGAAGAAGGAAGAGUAAGAGGUGGAGCUUGCUUGAAGAAGACACCUUAAGAGCUGCCGUGGACAGGUUUGGAAAAGGAAAUUGGAAGCUCAUCUUAAGCACCUAUCGUGAUAUAUUUGAAGAGAGAACAGAGGUUGAUCUGAAGGAUAAGUGGAGAAACAUGACCAGAUACUAGUGUCUUUGUACAGCCCCAUCAAAACUCUUGUUUUGAAAGCCAGAGGGAUAGAAAAACAUUCAAAUAUAGGCUCUUUGUAAAGCUUUUGAUAGUUUUCCAUUAGCUGAAAUCCCCCUGUGGGUUUUGGUUGUAAUUUAAAAAAGAAAUCAAUGAAGUGAAAAAUUUAGAGGUUGAGUGUCAUGUAUUUGGUAUUAUUGUGUCUAUACCAAUUUAAGCAUAGCGGUUAAGAUACCCAUGUACGACCAGGUGGUCAUGAGUUCGAAUCCCCCACCUUCACAUGUUGUGGUCUGAACUCUAAAACAUUUCAAUCUAACACAAUUUAUACGAUAAAUGAAUGGGUGGGUAAUUUUGGAUA